AUGGUUGCAAAUUGCAUAACAACCAGUAACAAACCUCAGAAUGCAACACAUCAGCUGUGCACUGCUUUCAUCUGUCACUAUUUUACAUUGAACUUGAUUUCACAUUUAUCUCCACCAUCGUCAUCUUCAGUCUUGGGGUUAACUUCAAACGUUUUCAAAACAACUGCUUGCUACCAGAAAUUGCAAAUACAUUCGACUAAUUUUUCAUCAACUGCUAUCACUGAUCUUUCAAAUUCUGAAUCCAGCUCCAACAAUUUAGACAACCUAAAGCCUGUGGCAAAAAUGGAUGUCAUUCUUCUGCCAAACUAUCCGUACCGACCUCUGCUCAUCAAUCCAAGACAGGGGAACCUGUACUUGGUUUACAACCAGUUCAAAGUGGCUAACGAGACGAUGAACUACAAAAUUGACAGCAUAACAGGAUACGGUGGUGCGAGCAGCAAUGGAAUGCUAACAAAAAAGGAGUGCCAGUCUCCACGUACGAUGACGACAGCUACAACUGCGCAUCCAAGCAGAGCCACGACGAACAGUUUAACCUUAUGCAAAUGGAGUGCGAUUAAGGCAUUUCCAAAACCGCUUUGCUACAAUGUUGAUACUAACAUAAAAAAAUAUAUAAAAAUUUGUGACAAGACUGGAACUCAAAUUAGGGCCCAUCCAAUUUAA